AUGGCUGGCAUCGGAACACCCCCGAGUAGCGUCCCAGCAGCACUCCCGGAUGCAAAGGACGACGGAAUAGAAGACCCCGGCGACUUUGUGCGCACUGAAGACGAGGAGGUUGAUCUCGAAGAGGUCGCCGAGCCCUGGGAGAAGUACAGUAUAAAGGAAACUUCACGUGUCUUCUAUCCAGUUUAUCUUGGAGAAGUGCUUAAUGAAAGGUAUCUGGUAGAGCAUAAACUCGGCCAUGGAGGCUUCUCUACUGUCUGGAUGGCCCGUGACCUUCAGAGCGAUAGGGACGUAGCCCUCAAGGUUAUGUCUUCGGGAGAAUAUGGGGAGAAUGAAAUCCAGAUGCAAGACAAAAUCGUCCAGGUUCUAGUAUUACCCUUGAUGGGCCCAUGUCUCUACCCUGCUAUCCUGAGAACAAUGUCCAUGGCCAGUCGUAUGUCUGCUGCACGGCAAUUGCUAGGGGCCCGGGAAAAUCUACAUAAAGCAGGCAUUGUACACCGUGGGAACUGUACGUGGGGGAUGGCUCCUCUGCCUACCCUCAAUAGAAAAGCUAAAUAUAAGGCACUUGGCCGGCCGCUCAAGGAAGUUCUACCAUUUGUGGACCUCUGGAAGCAGGGAGAGCUUGUUCAGCCUAUUCAAAUCCCAGAGGCCUUACGUACCGAUGACUUCUAUCUUGGGGAUUUUGGUCUGGCGAUGCAGGUAGGUGAUCCCACAUUUCAACCCGGGUAUCCGCCUAUGCAAUUCGGCUCCCCAGACCGACUUCAUAAGAAAGAACCAAGUUUUGCCUGCGAUAUGUGGAGUUACAUGGCCAUCUUCACAGAGCUUUACCUUGGCUAUCCGCCUUUCGCCACCUGGCUUGAGGGUGGGGUAAUAACUGGUAUGGUCAAGUGCUUAGGUCCGCUACCUGAGCAAUGGAAGGGGCUUUACAAUUACUCCGGAGGCCUUGAUUCCUGGUAUGACCAGCAUCAGACGCCCGAUCCAAACUAUGACCUUGCGGCCAUCAUUGCGUAUUAUCGUCCCAAUGCUGAUCCGGUUGAGCGAGAACAUGUGCACUCUAUCAUGUCUAAGGUGUUCAAUUAUUGCCCUGAGAAACGUCCGACUGCAACAGAGCUUCUACAGGAUCAUUCGUUUAGAGCAAUCAUGGAUAAAUAUGGUUGUUGA